AUGGCCGAGUCCAGUGAGAACAGGCUGGCUGUCCGUCUGGGCACCGGCGAGGCCUCCACAACAGUCUAUGACGAUCACGAGAUCCAGGAAUUGAGAAACACUCUCGCUGGGAUGUCCGAGGAUGACCCCGAGCGAUCUUCAGUGUUGAAUAACCUCGGAGUUAACCUUUACCGACGAUACUUGACUCUUAAGCAGGCGGCAGAUCUUCUCUCGUCGAUCGAGUUUGCAUCGCAGGCGGUUGUGACAACACCGGAAGACCACCCUGCCCUUCCUGUGAGGCUAAACAAUCUCGCUGCUCCGCUAAGGGAACGUUACUUGAAGACCAGGAGUUUUUUUGACCUGGAGGAGACCAUCAACGUGGGGAGACUGACGGUCGCCGCAACACCGGAUGAUCAUCCAAACCUGCCGGGGGCCUUGAGCAAUCUUGGGGUUGCGCUCGGGAACCUGUUCACGGAAACUGGUGAAGCGGCUGCUCUCGAUGAAGCCAUUGAAAUUUCGGAGAAGGCAGUUGAUCUCACACCAGAAGGCCACCCGGACCAGCCCGGACGACUGGUUAAUCUCGGAAACCGACUCUUUGUUCGGUACCAAACUGCCGGAGCCUUGGGAGAUCUGGACAAGUCGAUUGAAUCCGGAGGAAAAGCACUGCGUUUGACUCAAAGGCUUCACCCGCAGCGGCCGCUUCGGCUGGAUCACCUCCGGGCCAGGCUUAGCCUGAGAUACUCGAGGCUGGGAGCGGAGAGCGACCUUGAACAGGCAAUACAGUAUGGUCGAGAUGCAGUAAAUGUGAUACCAGAGCACCACCUAAGAAGACCAAAAUGGCUUCGUUGUCUCGGCAUGGAUCUUGAGAAGAGGUACAUGCUAACCAGCUCGGUUGGCGACUUAGACGAAGCCAUACAACUUGGACAGCAGGCGCUAGGACUAAUGAUACGAGGCGAUCCGGAAAAAACAUUGUACUAUGCGCACCUUACAAGCUGCCUAGGAAGGCGAUACAACAAGCAAGGAGCGCCGGCCGACCUCGACGAAUCCGUCCGUAUAAACAGAGAAGCUCUUGCCCUGAGUUUUGUCGGCGACCCUGAGCGGCCAAGGUGGUUGAGCAAUCUUGCAGAUUUACUCAUUACUCGAUAUGACGAAUCGAGUUCCCUAGCAGAUGUCGAAGAGGCCGUUCAUUUUCGGCGCGAAGGACUUGCUGCGGUGCCACGAGAGCACCCUAGUCGCCCAGCUAUGUUGUUCGUCCAGGCAGAAACACUCCACCAGCUCUUCCUAAGGACGGGUGAAGUAGGCCUUAUCGACGAAGCUAUUGCGAACGGGAAAGAAUCGGCCGGCGCCACCCCGACUGAUAGAGAGAGAUGGAGCCGGCUGAAUAUGACCUCGGCGAUGCUCUUCGAACGCUAUACAAGUACGGGGGACGUGAAAGAUGCCGAAGAAGCAAUCGCCAUCGUUAGUGAGGUCGUUUCUUCUGCGGAUCACGGUCAUCCUGAUCGGUUCCAGUGGCUUCAGAAUCUUUCAACACAACUUGAGGGCAGGUAUGACAGGACUGGGGUCAUGGCUGAUCUCGAGGAAGCUAUCCAAGUUGGGAGAGAAUCGGCUGAUAGAACCCCUAAAGACUACCGUUUUCGGUCUAUAGGACUGUCCAAUUUGUCAAGUUUGCUGAGCACCAGAUAUGAGGCGACAGGCACACUUGUGGACUUGGAAGAUGCCAUUGAACUUGGUAGGCAAGCCCUUGCAGCUUCAACGCAGGAUCGAUGGACUCGAGCCAUGAGCCUGGCAAACCUCGGAAGGGCACUGCUCACCCGACACAUGAGGGUUGCCAAUCCAGUUGAUCUGAACGAAGCAAUUCGCCUCAUGAGGGAGGCGGACAGUACAGCCUCAGACUUUGCCGGCCGGACAAUGUGGCUUGGCAACCUCGCUGGGACACUUAUUCAACAGUAUGACAGAACUGGAGAUCUUUCCGAGCUCGAAGAAGCCAUCACUGUGGGAAGGAAGUCGCUUGAGCUCGCCGCCGAGAAUCAUUCUCAACGGGGCCUUUCACUAGGUGCUCUAGCGGUUGGCUUGAGUCUCCGAUACAAGAGGACUAGAACUGUUCAUGACCUGGAAGAGGCUGUCGCUUUGGGCAAAGAGGCAAUCCUCGUGACAAACUCAGGUGGUCCCAAGUAUGGAACACAUCUCGGUAUCCUUGGAAACCUGUUUUCCGAGCAGUUCAACAGAACUGGUGAACUCUCCGAUCUUGAACAAGCGAUCCAAUAUACGAGAGACGCCGUUGCAAUGACAUCAAGUGAAGUACCAUCGCAUGUAAGACAUGUGAGGAGCCUUGCUGCAGCACUCACCUAUCGGUACAUCCAAGUAGGCGCACUAGAGGACCUCAAUGAGGCUAUUCAGCGCGAGAGACAAGUUCUCGCUGCUGCGCCGGAGCAAGAUCCAGAUUUGGCAGAGAAGGCUAAUAGUCUAGCUGUUCAACUCUGCCACCGAUAUAUAAGGACAAGGGACCAGCACGAUAUCAAUGAAGCCAUCCAACUUCUAAGGAAAGCAAUCUCGAAGACACCAGAUGAUCACCCUGACCAGGCAAUAUGGUUGAGCAACCUUGCGGUUUCACUCAAGGAAAGAAACUUGGAAACGGGGACGGUUUCUGACAUUGACGAAGCCAUUGAGGUUGGGGAAAAGGUGCUGGGAAUGGCCCUAGAUGGCCCUGUAAAGAGUUCCAGUCAGCUUGGCAACCUUGCAAAAUCCCUUCGGGCUCGGUACGAGAAAACAUUGCUGCUGGAACACCUCGAGGAGGCCAUCCAGGUCGGAAGAAAAGGAGCUGCUGCUUGCUCGGAAAAGGAGCCAGGACGCGCGGCGACCAUGUCCAAUGUUGGGGACUUGCUCCUCUACCGGUACCAAAGACUCAAAGCCAGGGGGGAUCUGGAAGAAGCAAUUGCCUUGCACCGAUCGGCUCUCCAUCAGCCCAAUGCUCCUGCUACUGUUCGCAUCAUUGCAGGUACGGCUCUCGUUCACAACGACCCAGACUGGCUGCGAGCAUUUGAAGCUGCGGAGGUUGCAGUAAGCCUUGUGCCCCAGAUAACAGCUCGGUCACUCGAUAAUUACGAUAAGCAACACGCGCUUGCUCGGAUCGCGGGUCUGGCAUCUGAUGCUGUGGCUGUCGCGUUGCAGGUGAACCAACCACCGCUAGUUGCGUUGACGCUUCUCGAACAAGGACGGGAUAUCCUUGGAGCGUCGCUUUCAGACAUACGAAGCGACAUAGCCGAGCUGAAAAGCAAGAGUCCGGAUUUGGCUGGUAGGUUUGAACGUGCCCAGGAGAGCUUACAAUCCUUCGUACGUAUUGACGCAGCCUUGGAUAGCAACGACAGCGGAGCGUCUCGAGAUGUCCAAGGCAGGCGGCAUUAUGAGACAGCAAAGGAAUUUGAUCUGCUUCUCGCAGAAAUUCGAGAGAUUCAGGGAUUCGAGAGGUUCUUGCUUCCUCCUACCGAAGUUGAGAUAAAGGCAGCUGCGAAACGUGGCCCCAUUGUUAUCAUCAAUGUUAGCGAGCUCCGAUGUGAUGCCAUUCUCGUCGAAGAGCAUCAAAUACGUUUAUUGGAGCUACGCCAACUGUCCGAGGCAGAUAUCAGGUCCAGGGGGCUUGAGAGCGACCUGGGGAAGAGCGAGAUUCUGGAGUGGCUUUGGGACACUAUCGCAGGCCCAGUUCUUGACGCCCUUGGGUUCUCCGAGACUCCAGACAAUGACAGCAGUUGGCCUCAUAUAUGGUGGGUGCCGACCGGCCCUUUAAGUCGGUUUGCGCUUCACGCAGCUGGCCGACAUGCGAUGAACUCAAACGAAGCAGUCCUAGACAGGGCGAUAUCAUCAUACAGCACAUCGAUUAAAGCCAUCAUAAACGGGCGCAAGCAGCGAUCCAAGCUAGCAGCUACCAGCCAAGUACUCCUCGUGGCUGUCGAGGCCACGUCCCAACUACCAUUCGUAAGCAAAGAGGCAACCAUGGUGUACGAUCUGUUCAACUCGAUACCGUCCUUGACGGUGAAGAAGCCAGGACUGCAUCGACAAGCUAUUUUGUCCCAUUUGCCGGGAUCCAAGAUCUUCCACUUUGCCGGCCAUGGCCAAACACACUACGAUGAUCCGUCGAAGAGUUCCUUGCUCCUCGAAGCUGGGAAUCCUGAUAAUUCGAUCAAAGUUGCUGAUUUAUGGGAGAUCAAUCUCAAACAGUAUUCUCCGUUCCUGGCAUAUCUUUCCGCGUGUGGAACUGGCAGAAUUCAGGAUCAGAAGUAUGUCGAUGAGAGCAUCCAUCUGAUUAGCGCAUGCCACUUGGCCGGUUUCCGCCACGUAAUAGGCACAUUGUGGAAUGUCAAAGACGAAGUAUGCGUGGACAUGGCUCGGAUAACAUAUGAAUGCAUUCAGGAUAAGGGGAUGACGGAUGAGUCGGUCUGCUGGGGUCUACACCAAGCUGGCCGAGCACUUCGAGACCGGUGGAUCGAGGAGGGAGAAACUCGAGCCAGAAAUUUGCGAAAGUGGCAUGAAGAGAAUUCGAGCGGCUCCGGGAGUAAAAGGAGUCAUGAGUCUACCCAGAAAGAGAGAGAUGCCGUUCCACAAGAAUCACUGCCUGCGGAUUGGGUUCCUUACGUUCAUUUUGGCAUUUGA